ACUUCCGGUGUGACAGAUCGAAGUGUGCAACGCCACUGUUUGGACUGUAGUCAACAUGGGGGUGGAUAUAGGAAUGUACGAGUUUUUGGAGUAUUUCCUCAACCGCCCGUGGCUCAUACUAGUCAUAUUUCUUAUAUAUAUAGUCAUUUAUGGGCUGUCAGUUUUCAUGUCUGGUCCCAAACCUGGAAAGAACCCAUUUUCAGCGUCGCACAUCAAGCCGGUUGGAGACCUUGUGACGGAUCAGCAGGUGCGCGACCGGGUGAUCAAACAGAGGUUCAAGUUAUCCAAGGUGCCAGAGGAACUUGAUGACAUUGUAAUCGGGAGUGGAAUUGGUGGUAUAGCGUUGGCAUCCUUAUUGUCUCGGUCCGGACACCGUGUUCUGGUAUUGGAGCAGCAUGACCAGGCUGGAGGAUGUUGUCACACAUUCCAUGAGAAAGGCUACGAGUUUGAUACAGGCAUCCAUUAUAUCGGUAAGAUGUACGAGGGAGCUGACAACCGAACUCUGGUUGACAUGGUUACUGGAGGAAAAAUUGAGUAUCCAAAGAUGACCGACUGUUUUGACAUGGUUUGUUUAGGAGACCCAGCUAAGGCUAAACAGUACAGAAUCAUGGAUGACCGCAAGUCUUACGCCGAGGAGCUCAUCAAAGAAUUCCCCCAGGAGAAGAAGGCCAUUGAAAAGUUCAUGGUUAUGCUGAAGGAAAACAGAUCCUAUUUCUUGGGAUUUUUUGUACUGAAGUAUAUACCAAAAUGGCUGGCUUCCCUGUUAUCAACGAUUGGUGUCAUGAACCUUCUUUUCCGUCCAUGGUCCAAGUAUACAUCCCAGUCCACAAAGGCUGUCUUAGACUCUCUCACAGACAAUGCUGACCUGAAGGCAGUGUUGGUGUACUGCUACGGCGACUAUGGUGUUGCCCCGUCCAAGUCCCCCUUUGGAUUACAAGCUUCCUUGUUGAACCACUAUAUGGGUGGAGCUUACUAUGUCAGAGGUGGACCUAGUGAGAUCGCGUUCCAAGCCAUACCCGUUAUAGAGAAGGGUGGUGGGCGUGUCCUCGUCAACGCACUUGUCAACAAGAUCAUCCUUAGUGACAAGGGCAGGGCUGUUGGUGUAGAGGUUAAGACAGGAGACGGAUCUGCACAGAUAUUUGCCAAGCGUAUCAUCUCUGAUGCUGGAGUAAGGAACACCUUUACCAAGCUACUACCGCAGGAAGUCGCACUGAAGUCAAAACUGUAUCCAACAAUUAAGGACGUGGGGAACAGCAUGUCCUACAUGUCGGUGUUUAUUGGUAUGGACGGAUCACAGGAGGAACUGGGCAUCAAGGGACAUAACUUUUGGUGCUUCACCAGGAAUGAUCAGGAAACGGCUAUGUAUGAGUGGCUUAAUAUGUCCGUGGAGGAUGCCGCCCACAGCGAGAACCCCAUCAUGUUUGUAUCAUUCCCAUCCGCCAAGGAUCCAACCUGGUCUAAACGUUUCCCAAACAAAAGUACAUGUCUGAUCAUAACUGUGGCAAGGUAUGAGUGGUUUUCACGCUGGCAGGACGAGCGGCUAAAACACCGGAGUGAUGAAUAUGAAGGAUUGAAGAAUCGUAUGGGGAGGCAGAUGUGGAACCAACUCACUAUGAUUUGUCCCAAGUUGGAGGGAAGGGAUGAUUACUUUGAGGUGGGCUCCCCUCUAAGUAACCAACACUACCUUGGGUUUCAAGAAGGUGAAAUAUAUGGACUAGACCAUACCAUCAACAAGUUCCUCCCAAAUUCAGCAAUCCACCUUCGUCCCGAGACGGAUAUUCCAGGGCUUUACCUGACAGGUCAGGAUAUUCUGGUGUGUGGCUUCAGUGGAGCCCUAUAUGGUGGUAUGUUGUGUGCAUCCUCCAUUCUUCACCGCAACCUCUACAAUGACCUUGAUAAGGUCGUUAAAGAGGUCAGAGCUACUAAGAAGACAGAAAAGAAGACAACUUAAGAGAAAUCUUGUAGCACUAUAGAUAGGAGUCAUUAUAGAAUUCACAGGAACUGAUGUUUCUUCUCACGCUUAUUUGUCCUGCAUCAACUGUCAUUUGAUUUAGAUGUCAACUGAAGAAAUUCAUUCCAGAACCUGGUCAAGAUGGGAUAUUGGUGUACAGUACAGUUAAACUUACCAUCCAUUCAGUCAAUUUCAUAACAGGCUGUUUUCGCCUUCUAUUGAUCAAGAAUUGAACUGUUGUCAGAUAGUGGACCUUUAAUUAGAUCACUUUAAUUAAAACUACUUGUGUGAUUUUUUUCUUAAUAUUUGUUUAUCUGAUUUGAUGAUGGUUAAAUAUUCCAAAUAUGAUGUCAUUAUCAUUGUGUUGCAGAAAAUCACACAAAAAAUAAUAAUCAUGAUAAAAUAGAUUUUCAAAGAGCACAUACUGUAGAGCAUGAAAUAUUGGUGUGUACUUUAUUUUCAUGGUUUGGAGCUUUCAGAUUACUUAUAGGCAGGAGAUCUGUUUCUGUUUAUUACAUCUUUCAUCAGCUGUUGUACAGGAAUUUAAAAUUAUUUUUGAUUAGUUAUCAAAUAUUUAAUUGUCAAUAUCAAGAUUCAGAGUUCUGAAAUAUGAUCAAAGUUGUUUGAUAAUAGUUGUAAUGUAUUUGAUAUUUAAUGGGUAAAUAUGAAAUUAAACUAUUUGACUAGCUUCAUAUUUAUGGUAUGUUUUAUCCUUUUGAUCCUGUCAUCAUCUGUUAUGUACAGUGGAACCUCUAUAAACCGAACAUGCAUGGGACAUGACUAUUUGUUCGGUUUACAGAGGGUUCGGUUUGGAGAAGUUGAUCGAAAAAUGACCGGUCGAAUUCCGGAU